AUGACAGGCUCUACUUCCAAUGCCCACCACUGCCCCCAUCCCAAGGGAGCCAAAGGGGGCCGGUCAAGGAGCACCCAUGCACGGCCUGUCAGCACUGCCAACAACGGGGGCUCGGAAGAAGAAGACAAAGAUGGAGGGGUGCUUUUCCUCGUCAAUAAAAGUGGCUUCCCUAUCGAUGGGCAGACCUGGGAGAGGAUGUGGGUGCAUGUGGCAAAGGUGCACCCUGCAGGCAGAGAGAUGGUGGAGACAAUAAGGAAUGCUGCAUACCUGGCUAAACCUUCAGUGCCGCCAGUGCCAAACUACAGGCUCUCCAUGUCUAUCCCAGAAUGGCUUCAAGCAAUACAGAAUUACAUGAAGAUGCUGCAAUACAAUCACACAGGAACUCAGUUCUUUGAAAUUAGGAAAACAAGACCUCUAAGUGGGUUAAUGGAGACGGCAAGAGAAAUGACCAGGGAAUCCUUACCUAUCAAAUGCCUUGAAGCAGUUAUCCUGGGGAUAUACUUAACCAAUGGGCAGCCUUCCAUGGAACGAUUCCCAAUCAGCUUUAAAACCCACUUCUCAGGAAACUAUUUUCAUCAUGUGGUGCUUGGGAUUUACUGCAAUGGCCGGUAUGGGUCACUGGGCAUGAGCAGAAGAUCAGAUCUGAUGGACAAACCUUUGACCUAUCGAACUCUGACCGAUCUCGUCUUUGAAUUUGAAGAUUCCUAUAAAAAGUAUCUACAUUCAGUCAAAAAAGUAAAAAUUGGAUUAUACGUCCCACACGAGCCACACAGCUUUCAGCCCAUUGAGUGGAAGCAGCUGGUCCUCAAUGUAGCAAAGAUGAUGCGGACGGACAUAAGGAAGGAGCUGGAGAAAUAUGCCAGGGAUAUGAGAAUGAAGAUUCUGAAACCCUCAAGUGCCCACUCUCCAAUCAAAGAGAGAUCACGAGGCAAGUCACUGUCCCCUCGCCGAAGGCAAGUCAGCCCUCAGAGACGGGUGUGCAGAAGAGACAAAUCGCCUGCAGUGAUGGACAAGAAAGUGGGUGAUCUCACUACAUUGAAUGAAGUGGGCUAUCAACUACGCAUCUAA